AUGAACCCAGAUGAUGAAGAUGAGGCAAACGAUCCUGGGGAGGGUGACUUCAGUUACAAUGACACCUCUGCGAGCGAAGCAGCCGAGCCUCCAAUUAAGGUUCACAGAGGACUGGAAGACAAUGAGGAAGUAGAGGAGACUUUAGACUGGUUACGUGACCAUGGUGUCAAACCUCCGCCUGAUCAAUCUGAUAUUAAAGAGGAAAUAACCGCGACAGAUCAAGAAGGAAGUAUUUCCCCGCCAACAAGUCAAAUAAGAAAUAUUAAUCUCCCAGCAACUGAGAAGAAAAGUACUAUUCCGCAUGCAACAAGUCAGAUACCAAGUACAACAUCCAAACUUUUACUUCGUUCAACGAGGCCAAUGACAAUUGAUCGUGCUGCAAAUCGAGAUGAAUUGGCAAGUAAGCCCCCUGAUACAUCUUCAAUGCCUUUUAACUCCAAACUUGAAUUUUCUUCUCCUGUUCCAUCAGUGAGUGAGCGGACAACAAGUACUGUUCCGCGUCCAGUAAGUCAGCUACCAAGUACAACAUUCGAAAUUUUACUUAGUUCAACGCUGCAAAUGACAAGCGACCAUGUUACAAAUCGAGAUACAGAGGCGAAUAAGCCCCCUGAAACAUCGUCAAUGCCAUAUCAGUCCAAACCUGAAUUUUCUUCUCCUAGUCCAUCAGCGAAUGAGAUAACAAGUAAUGUUCCCCACCCAGCAAGUCUGGUACCAAGUACCACCCCUCCGUCAACAACGUCCAGAACUUCACCUCAACCCACCCAACCUCCGGCGACGAAAGGCUUCCCUAAUACUUCGCCAACAUCACGUCACUCCAACUUUAAGUUAUUAUCUCAUACUUCUGUCAGUGAGCAAAUCAAAAGUGUCAAAAAUGGUUUAAAAUCCACUUCCUCGAGCUUGAAGCUGGCUGAAUCGCUGUUUAAAGCACCGGGAAUUCAUGCUAACUUAUCGUCUAAUGUUUCCACUGAGAGAAACAGCCAUUUUACCUCUUCCUCUGCUUUAUUACCAACCACAGGUAUACCAACUCCCACGUAUACUACUCCUAGUCUAACAAAUCUGCAUAAUUGUAAGCUACCAAAGCUCAACCCCUGGGACCCCUCCAUAAGGCACUUGUUGGAGGAUGUCGGUGACGAUCCCGGAUGUAGAAAUGGGUUCCCUGCCCCUGCGUUUGACGUCGUCGCUAACAGACUGGUACUCACAGGAGAGGUAAACGCAGAUGAGGUAGAUUUCAAGCAAGUGAAUGUGGAGACGAUUCAUCGAAAUGACGAGGAUGACAACAAUGUACACUUUAUGAAUCAAGGAAAUCCGUUUACCGCUAACCUGUCCUCCGAUGACUUCAAUAUCUCAAAAAUAAUUAACGCAUCAGACUUUUUCAAGCUGACAUACACGAUGAAAACAGGCAAAGAAAAUACACACUACUUUGCCCGAGUUGUACCACAACUCGACGCAAUGCGUGAGGCAAGGCUGGUAAGGAAGGGGAUCGAGCGACAAGGAAAACCAGAAGGGUUAAAAUUGAAUGUUGUCAUGCUUGGCUUCGAUUCUGUUUCCGCUGCGAGUUUUCGUCGCAAAAUGCCAAAGUCAUUAGAUUUUCUCAAGACGUCCCUGAAAACUUUCUCCAUUUCUGGACAAACUGUGAUUGGUGACGGAACAACACCCGCGUUGACAGCUAUGCUCACGGGCCUGUACGAGACGGAAGCUCCAGAGGGCCGUCAAGGGUUCGACAAUAGCGCUCCUGUUGAUAAAUGGCCCUGGUUAAUGAAGUUGUACAAGGAGCAUGGGUACGUAACGAUGAUGGCUGAGGAUGACCCACUGAUGGGCGCUUUUAACCUGAGGCUCAAAGGCUUUAAGGACCCUCCAGCGAAUCAUUACGUGAGGCCCUUUUGGCUUGCGCUGGAAGAAAACAACGAAAGAGACGAGCCAGGGCUGUGCUCGCGUUCAACAUUUAUGACAAAUUUCACUUUGGACUACGUUCUCAGCUUUUUUACAGCGUACCCCGAUAAUCUCAAAUUUGCAUUUGCUUUCAUGAGUUACCUGGCACACGCCCACCCGAAUCACCUCAGUUUCGCAGAUAACGACCUUUUGCGAGUACUUCGCACAUUUGUCAAACACAAGUACCACGAAAACACCGUGAUUGUUAUAUUUGGAGAUCAUGGCUCAAGAAAUGAUGACGUCAGGAACACGAUGCAGGGAAAACUGGAGGAGCGGUUACCCUGGCUAUCUAUAUCAGUGCCUGAAUGGAUUGAAGAAAAAUACCCUGAUAUAACCUCAGCAUUAAAGCAAAAUCAAGACACUUUAUCAACUCCAUUUGAUCUACACGCCACCCUUCAUCACGUAUUGACCUAUCCGAAGGAACCACAAGGAGAGAAGACUCAGAGCUUGUUUACAACAUUGAAUUACUCAAGGACUUGUGGCGAGGCAGGUGAGCAAAAAUUAAAGAUAAAAAUAUCCGGCAAAGCACGUUUUGCGCAGAAUAUAAAAUGCAAAUGUCUUAAGUACGGUUAAGAGUUACAUUUAAAAUGUAAUUCAGACACCCUACAAAGGCCACGUAUGUUCACCCUUUUUAGGGCUUUCCACAAGUUGCUCGGCAACUUUUUGGCAACUUCUCGUAUUUCGAGUACCUUUUUGCAUUCUGAACAAUUUCUCUAGUUACCUUCUAAUUCUGAGAUAACGGAGCAGCCUUUAGUGCUUAAAAAUAAAUUGGCCUUUCUUCCAUAUUUCACAAUGUUUUAGUAGACAAUUUAUGAAUUUCCUGUUAAAAAAAAGAGAGAGCCAAAUCCUCGCCCCCUGGGGCAGAUCAUGGGCGCAAGAUCAAAGCAGCCGGACUGCUCGAUCAGCGGUCGUCAGAGAACAUUCAAAAUGGUGGACGAAGAUUCACACUCGACUGACUUGAGUGUCUCGGGUGAAGAAGGUCAUUCAACAAUUUUAUUGGCUCAUUACAUUUUUUAGUUUUAUUGAGGAUAAAGUUAUUUAGCAACGCUGGUUACGACGCAAAAUUGCACAAAAAUGCUUAGAAAUCUUACCUUGCUGUACAAUUUGCAUAUUUUUAGCAUCAGACCAAAAGACGUUUUUGUUUUUCGAGCAACUUUUGAGCAACUUUUUGAGAAGUUACGAACAGUUUUUUGGACAACUUGUAGAAAGCCCUAACUCUUUUACUUUACCGGAUAGCUUUUGUUCCGCCAUGAAAAUCAAACCGGAUAGGGUUUCUGUUCACACAUAAGAACGGUGAUUUUAGCGCGAGUUCUGUAACGAAGCAAAGCUGCGUCGCGCUGAUCUCGAAAGUAGAGCGUCACAUAUUGGAUAGGUUCUGUGUCGCACUUUGGUGAACAGGCUCGGACCGUCGAAGUGAAAAAAUAGGAACGGGACUGGAAGCUACUGGGAAGAAAGUAAAUAUUAAUAUAAUUGAACGUCGUAAGUGAUUUCGCCCAGGGGCUGACCUUGUUUGUUAUUGAAAAGUGCGGACACACUAUGCAACAACACAAGCAACUUUGGAAGCUGCAUCACUGAUGUGUCCAAUCUCGCACCCCCGAUCGCAAACACGUCGAUUGCUUCACUUUUUUCCACUUUUUCAUCCAUAUGAUUUCAGAGUGAUUUUCGGUAGGUUUUAUGUAGGGACGCCAUGUUUGAUUUUUUGAAGGCGGUAUCAACUUAAGUGAUAUUACGCAAAAAGUUUCUUGUUAUCUCGUAUCACGUGACUACCGUUGUACGCCUUGUUAUAGACGGCGGAACUGAAAACGUCGCUCAUUAAGACCCGCUCUAUUUGUCAAAUGUGGGCGAAUUUUAAUCCUGGAGUUGAAAUCUCAAGGAUUGUAUCCAGGCUAAAUAAAAUGAAAGGAGAAUUCGUCGUCUUCUGUUCGCGUCCUCCAUAAAACGUUGCGUAAGGAAGUUUCACGUCGUAGUCGUGCAGUGGACGUCAAGGAAAUGGACUAGAAAUGUGAUGUUGUUUUGCUCAUAAACCUCUUUUUUUAAGUUGUUGUUCCCGUAGUCAUCGUGGUUGCUUAAGCUCUCUAUAUAUUCGUGCCUGUCGUCACAUUAAUUCAGACCUAUUUCCUUUUUUAGGUAUUGAUGAACACUGGUGUCCGUGCCUAGAAUUUUGGAACGAAAACAUCACAUCUCCGCAUGUGAUUGGUGGAGCAGAAAUGGCUGUCAAAUAUAUCAAUGACGUCAUCCUGAACCGCACAGACUUGCUUCGCACGUCAUGCGCGCGCAUCAAACUGAAGAAAAUCCUAAAAGCUGAACACUUCAAGCCGAAGGAAAAGCUUCAACGAUUUACCUCCACAAACCAGGAUUCAGAUCGCGCCGUAAAUUUUGACUCACCAACUCCAGAUAGUGCUCACUAUAGAAUUAAUUUCAUGACCAGCCCCGGUAACGCGUUUUUCGAAGCCACAGUAGCCGUUCGUGAAGAUAAAAAGGUGAUUGUGAAUCCCAAUAUAAGUAGGACAAAUGUCUACGGUGAUCAGCCUAGAUGUAUUUUGCGCAAAUAUCCUUAUGCUAGAAAAUUUUGUUACUGCAAAGAAACCAUGGCAAGAACAUGA